AUGGCGCCGACACCAGGUGACCUGUCGGCCCCAGGGUCGGCGAGCUACUCCUCCGACACGUUGACGGUCGGAGACGGUACCUGGGUCUUUGAUAAGAAUACUUUCUUGCUUCCGAAUUUGCAAGGGGUCAACUUCGAGACGAUGCGUUACAAUGGUAUGGGCAACCGUUUCUCGACCUUUGUAGGAUACCACAGCAUCAUUAUGGCUCAUGCCGUCAUGGCUGCACUCGUAUUUCUACUCAUCGUACCUCUCUCCGUCAUGACAAUCCGCUUCUACGACAGGAACCGCAGCCGCGCUAUCGGCUACCAUGGACAACUACAAGUACUGGCGAGUCUUAUGCUGCUGGUCAUUUUUAUCCUAGGGUUUUUUGCUGUCGGCCCAAAGCGCAACCUCACCAAUCCUCACCAUGGCAUUGGUGUUGCCAUCUUCGUGCUCUUUGUUCUCCAACUCGUUGGCGGCCGUCUGGUGCUACACAUUACGAAAUCACGCUCUCUGCGCCGCAUGAUCCAUCAGUGGUCUGGACGCGCUAUUGGCCUCCUCGGCAUUGUGCAGGUUCCGUUAGGUCUGACUCUCUACGGCUCCCCCAAAUACCUCUUUAUACUCUAUGCGCUUUGGAUGUCGUUUUUGGUUCUUCUAUAUUUUAUUCUCAGCUACCGCCAUGCCGGCCACCGCGAUGUCUACUUGACACGCGGCACUAGAUCUGAGGGCGGGAGAACAGAUUUUACGGAUACCGAGUACAUCUCCGAUCACAAGCCCGAAAAAAGCAGUAAUCUAAAGUGGCUAGGCCCUCUCGCAGCGGGUGCUGGUCUCUGGGCCUUGCUGCGCAAUGGAAAGAAAAAGCAGAAUCGUGAACGAAGCCGGAGCCGGAGCCGGAGCCGAUCGCCGUCGUCUUAUCGAACCAACCCCGAGGUGCUUUCCUCCCGCGGUUACUCCGAGAGAUUCUAUGACGAUAAGUACUCGGAGCCACCGCAGCGCAAGAGCAGUGGCGGAGGAUUUAUGAAGACGCUUGCCACUGUUGCAGCUGCUGUCGGGGCUGGAGGUUUGGCUGCCAAUUUCAUGAAGAAGAGAAACAACAGAGAGGAGGAAUAUUCCGCAGUAUCCACAGAUACACCUCGCCGCAACCGCAGCGGGCGUGGUCAACCAAGUGACUACGGCAGCGAAUACACCGACGACUAUACCGCCACGCAGACGUCUUUGUUGCCACCGUCGGCAAACCCAGCCACCACCUACACCACACGAACGACCGGUGAUACGGGGAGACCUACGACGCCACGUUCAUCUUAUCCGUCACGUCGCGACCACGAUGAAUCGGACUAUUCUUCCUACGUCAGCCCGUCACAUCGAAGGCCAGCGGAGAACUCUGGAGGUGGAGGGGGUGGAGGUGUGGCCAAGGGAAUACUCGGCGGACUUGGUAUGGGGUGGAUUGCUAAAAAGCUUGCAGACCGGCGCAACAAGAAGCAAGAGGAGCGGCUACGUGAAGAGGAUGAUAUGCGCUCAGGGACAAACGUUUCUCGCUUCACAGGUGACGGUUAUCCCUCUCCAACGCGGGAUUCGAGACGACCCCCUCCCGUCCGCCGCCAAACAGGGUAUGGCGCAUCCUAUGGCACAGACACCGCGUUGAGUGAGAUGACCGAAUCCUCCAUCGACCAUCCACCCCGAGUCGGUGCGCGAUCUGACAAUAUACAGCCCGUUCCUAUGCCACUACGGCCACCUAGAUCGAGUGGUCCUCCUGUCUCAGAACCGGUUUCCAUGCCUUCUAUGCCGGCAGACCCCCACGGAGUACUGCACUCUGGCGCGGAAGGGUCUUUAGUGUCGACUGAUGCAUCAGCGCCACAGAGAAGACCGUCGGAACGACGCCGCAAAGCUGGAGAGCGAGCCGCCGCGGCCGCCGCAGCACGUGCUAGUAGCCUGGCUGCGAAUGAAGGGAGAAAGCGCCCUGGCGAUGGUGACCGUGAUAGAGAUCGCUACGCGUCACCAAACAGUCAGCCCGUGAGCGUUAAAGUCAAGGUCCAUGAUGAUCGUGAUCGAAAUGUGACUCUCAGGCGACUGACGGAAGAGGAGACCAUGGCUGCUCGAGGCCGUCGCGACUCUGAAAGCAGUAUUUCCGGAAUUGACUCGCCUAGCAACGGACGUGGGUACCGCAGAGCGGCAAGCCCCCGCACCGCAGAAAGGCAAGCAGAGCAACGGGUUGAACAAGAAGAUCAACUAGCACCUUUAUCGCCACCUAAGCCUGCUUUUGCCAAGGGUCGACGUGGGAAAGACUCUGCGUAUUAUUCCGGCGCAGCUGGACCGGCCGGAUCAACAGCGGCCCACGGGCAAACAGUAUCGAGUCUCGGCUCACAAGGGACACACGGUACCUGGAGCGGUAUGAGCGGGCCACCCCCUAGUGAGGGCGACAAGGCGAGCGAAUCCGCCGCCGCGGACAACAGGCGGCGUCGGCGAAUGGAGCGACGAAGAGGUAGCAGUGCCGCGAGGCCAUCUGGGUUGGACAUGUUUGAGUGA